CGGUUGCUUAGAGGUAGAUAUCAACAAAACACAAGGGGUAUACUGUUCCUAGCUGUCUCACAUUCAAAAGUAGCUAAACGUCGCUUGCAAGAACUUUGGGGUAAUAGGUAUUGCAAGUUAUUUGUUUUCUGACAUUUUGUGAAUCUCGCUGAACAUAAAUUCAAGCAUUUUUAAGUGGUGUGAGCGCUAUAUAUACAUACAAACACUGUUAAUAUUUACAAAGCCCUCGAUGUUAGCCAUAUUGAAAUAUCUUUGAAGCUACAGACCUGGGGCUUGGUAAUCAACUGAGAGAAACGGUAACUUUUCCUAGUCAGUUCUAGUAGUCCGAAACAGAGGGGGGGAAAAUGUCAGUGCCUUUCUCCAGUACUCACCUGCGGGUCCCUCGAGGAUUCGGCACCAUUCUCGAGGGACUAACCCGUGAAGUUCUUCGAGACCAGCCUGAGGACAUCCCCACAUAUGCUGCGCAGUACUUUGAAGCUCUUCUCAAGCAAAGAGAAGAGAGUGGUAUGGAUCCUGCUGAGUGGACUUCAAAACUGGAAGAUAGAUUCUACAAUAACCAUGCAUUCAAGAAUAUUAGGACAAGUCCUGAAAGGGAAAAAACACCAGAGAUGAACAUUUCCAAAUUUCCAGUGUCAAGGCUGAGAGGAAAUGGCAGAACUCAGCAUAAGACUACAAGCUACACGUGGACAGUCACCAAGAAAAAUCAUUUGAGUCCCAAACUGAGGAUGAAUCAAGUCAUUCAACAGAACUCUCAACGUUUUCCGCCACACAACCUCGUGUCUCUGAACAUGCGUCUUCAACUGAAAGCACAGAUGAAGAUGAAGAAAAUAAUAUUUCAGAGAAAUGCACUGUUUCAACGGAAACAGGACAUUCAGUAAAAAAGUCUGUCACAAAUAUGCAGAACAAUGAGGCAAGCAGCACAGAAAAGGAGAAAGACCCAGCAAUUACUACACUUAAACAUACUGACAGACCAGAUAAAGAAAUGGAGAGUGAUCUUAUUCCAGACCAAAAUAUAGCAAGG